UCUUUCCCUCUUCUUUUUACAAGAAGGCAACUGUCUCCUUUCUUUCCUUCUCCGUUACGCAUUUUCUAUAUUUUCAUUCCCCAUUUUCAGUCUUACAAACCCUUUGUUUUCUCUCUCCUUUGUUUGGUUGAUUAUGUCACAGAUCUGAUUUACAGAAAAGAAGCAAAACUCGAUGAGUUUUUAAAAAAAUUGAUUUAGAGAUUUAAUGCUGUUUGGUUUUAAGGCUUUUGAAACCGAUGUUUGGAUCGGAAAUGGAGACGAGAAUGAAGAAAUAUAGGCAAGUGAGUCCGGAGAGAGCUAAAGUUUGGACUGAGAAAUCGCCCAAGUACUAUCAGCAUAACCGGAAGGUUCCGGUUGUUUAUUAUCUCUGUAGAAAUCGCCAGCUCGAGCAUCCGCAUUUCAUCGAAGUUCCUCUCUCUUCUUCUGAUGGACUCCAUUUGAGAGAUGUGAUUGAGAGGCUUAAUAAUCUUAGAGGCAGAGGAAUGGCAUCCUUGUAUUCUUGGUCUUGCAAGAGAAGCUAUAGGAAUGGAUUUGUAUGGCAUGAUCUUUCUGAAGAUGAUUUAAUACUUCCUGCACAUGGAAACGAAUACGUUCUUAAGGGCUCCGAAUUAUUUGAAGAAUCUAACUCAGAUCGCCUUAGUCCAGUUGAGAAUAGCAGUAAAUUGCAGAGUCUGAAGCAAUUACCUGAACCACAAUCUUCUUCUAGAAGCCAAGAUGAUUCUUCGUCGUCUUCCAGUAUGAAUGAGAAGAGAACAAAAAAUUCUAAGGAUGAUGAACUCUGUUCUCCAGUUAACCGUCCAACUCCUGGCUCCUCUGGUGGGUCACCGGAGUCUAGAUAUGGAAAGAAUUUUUCUUGGGGUUGUUCCCUUAGUUUGACGGAGUAUAAGGUUUGUAGGAGUGAUGGAUUAGCGGAUGCUUCAACACAGACUGAGGAAAACACAGACAGACCUAAGACACGGGAAACAUGUAUAAGGGGUGUUUCAACUGAUGGCGGGUCAUUAGAACCCGUUGGCAAUGUGAAUUUCCAGAACCAGGUCCCUAACCCUUGUGUAAAAGAUAAUUCAGAGAUAUGCAGGAAUCCAGUUUCUCCACCAUCCACUUCUAGUGCAUCAUCUACUGGAGGGAAAACUGAAACAUUGGAAUCUUUAAUCCGAGCAGAUGCAAGUAAAAUCAAUAGUUUUAGGAUUCUUGAAGAGGAAGAUAUCCGAAUGCCAACCAAUGCUAGGCUCAAGGCAACAAGCAUGUUGAUGCAGUUGAUCUCAUGUGGGUCGAUAUCUGUGAAAGAUCAUAGUUUUGGCCUUGUUCCAAUCUACAAGCCUAGGUUUUCUCAUUCGAAAUUUUCAUCACCAUUGUUCUCUAAUUCAAUCAUGUUGGGAGAGCUUGACUGCUUAUCAGAGAAUCCGAGGUUGAUGGGCCUGAAAUUGGAAGACAAAGAAUAUUUCAGUGGUAGCUUGAUUGAGACAAAAAUGCUCAAACAAGAAGCAGAAGGACAUGCCACUCUGAAACGGUCUUCUUCAUAUAAUGAUGAAAGGUCUUGUAAGGAGCUAGAAUCAGCUGAAGACAAAGAAGAGACAAAUUCAGGACUCACAAAAUGCAUCCCCCGCUCCAUCAAAGCUUCACUAAGCAAGCAGCCAAGGAGCGAGUCAAUGAGAUCUCCUAUUUCUGAUAAACCAAGAAACUCCUCUGACGGGAUUGACAACCCACACACUGUAUCGAGUAGCACAUCUGCUGGUAGCAGUAGAAGAAUAACUGAGCCAGUUGUUAAUCAAAAGCAAUCAAAAAGGUUGGAUUCAUUCAGAGAAGAGGAGCAGGUGAUAAAAAUUGAAGAAAGGCUUGCUUCAGGAGCUCGGGUUAUAAUCCAAUCCAAGAUGCCUUGUGAUACUGUUGGUUGCUCCUAGUGGAGGAGCAGCAUGUUAAAGGUAAAAUGAAGGCCUUGGAUCCUUUUUGAGAAAUCCCGUUCAAUGUAAUUCAAUAUUGGUUUUGAAUUUCAAAUGUUUUAAUGUUAGAUAAUAUUGGCGGGGUCAAAUUUGAUGAUUCUGUAUAUCUGGAAAGCUACAAAAAAGAAAGAUAAAGGUGGAUAAUAUGGCUCCUGAUGGAAGGAGUAAAUUUUUGGUUCAGCUUUCUUAUAUUAGAUCCCGCCUUUAUGUUAACUACAGUUGCAGUAUCAUUAAUUCAUCAUCCUUUUUGCUUUCUUUAUUGCACUUUUACCACAAGUAACUGUUCGUUGCUCUCAAAAGAUA